AUGAACUGCAAACCCUUGAUUUUGUGCACUUUCCUGGCAAUUGCACUCUGCCUGGUGCAUUACGGAGGUGCAGUGCCCGCCAUUGGGCAUUACACUCACAAGAGAUUUGAUUCCAUGGGCGGCAUUGACUUUAUUCAGGUCUGUCUAAAUAACUGCGUUCAGUGCAAGACCAUGCUAGGGGAUUACUUCCAGGGCCAGAAUUGUGCCCUUUCCUGUCUGAAGUUCAAGGGCAAGGCGAUUCCUGACUGCGAGGAUAUUGCCUCCAUAGCUCCUUUUCUAAAUGCUCUCGAGUAA